GACGGCUGCUAGUUGCUGAUAUAAUAUGUCGAAGGGCGUGUAUACAUAUGUAUUAGGAAUCCGCAGGUGCAAGGGACCUUGUUGUGGAUCCAUCGCCACUUCUUAUUAUUUCCGUCCGAAAAUCUUUCGAGGAGAUAAGCGUUCGUCGACGGAACUUCGAUUCUUCAUCAACACCACAAUCGUUUAUUUUCUUAUUGAAGCCAGAGAAGACUCUCAGGCGCCAUUGGUUUGUAAAGGGUAUCAUUCUUCAACAAUUACAACAUGACGUUUAAGGAAUUUGAGGUGCCCAAGCGCGAGGGCGAAAAGAGUAAGAAAGCCUGGGUGGAGACGCCGUUGAGGGAGUCGUAUGCGCUUUCGCAGGCUGCGGGAUGCAGAGUCUUCCUCAAACUCGAAAAUCUCCAACCCUCGGGCUCCUUCAAAUCCCGAGGAAUAGGCCACUACAUCCAAUGCCGCCUCCAAGACCUCGCCUCCUCACCCUCUCCCUCUUCCGAGAAACCCCAACCGCACAUCUUCUCCUCGAGCGGCGGCAACGCGGGCCUCGCCGCCGUGCACGCCUCGCGCACCUUCGGCCUGCCCUGCACCGUCGUGGUCCCUUUGUCAACGAAGCCGCUCAUGAUUGCGAAGCUCAAGGCGGCGGGCGCGCACGAGGUGAUUCAGCGGGGCGAGACGUGGCAGGACGCGGAUGCGUUUUUGAGGAACGAGGUCAUGAAGAAGGCCGGCCCCUCAGCCAUCUACGCCCCUCCCUUCGACCACCCAGACGUCUGGACGGGCCACUCGACUCUGAUCCCCGAAAUCCUAUCUCAACUCCCCGACGACUCUCCCCCAGACGUCAUCAUCUGCAGCGUUGGCGGCGGGGGGCUCUUCAACGGCAUCAUGCAAGGCCUAGACACGUGGCUCCCCGUCUUCUACCCGGACCGAUAUUCCCGUAAGAACGGCAACGAGGCAAACGACACCGACAUGAGCACCCCCUCCAACGGCACCACCCACGGCUCACCCUCCCCCUCCCCGUCCCCCUACCCCUACCCCACCGUCCUAGCCGUAGAAACCCACGGCGCCCACUCCCUCGCCGCCUCCCUCUCCGCCCGCACCCUCAUCUCCCUCCCCACCAUAACCUCAGCCGCAACCUCCCUCGGCGCCCGCCGCGUCACUCCGCAAACCCUCGAGUACGCUCUCCGCUCCCACGUCAAGUCCGUCGUGCUGUCCGACGCCGAGGCCGCCAGGGCAUGCUGGCGCCUCGCCGACGACGAGCGCCUCAUGGUCGAGUUGGCGUGCGGCGUCAAUGUCGCGCUGUGCUAUGAUGUGGGGCGGUUGGAGGGGGCGUUGGGGAGGAAGGUGAGGAGAGAGGAUAAGGUCGUUGUUGUGCUUUGUGGGGGGAGUGCGGUUACGGUGGAGAUGUUGGAGGGGUGGAGGAGGGAGUUUGGGAAGGAAAUAGUUGGGGUGGAUGGAUUGGUGGGGGAUGGGGUUAGGAAUGGGGAGGCGGUGCCGAGUGAGGUUACGAUGCCGUGAGGGAGGGCAAGGAGAUGAGUGGUGUUGUGGUUAGGAACGAUGGGUGUUUGGAGUCUAUAGAUUCAGAGACGCGGAAGUAGUAAUGAUCGAAGAAAUGUUUUCACUC